AUGGCCUUCUCAACUCAGCCAGACAGCACCUUCUUCGUCGAGGCGGAAGAGCCCAGCUUCCCUCGCCUCAACUCACGAGACGCCGCAAAGAUGCUUGCUCGCAACAAGCAAGAGAUGAUCGCCAACGAACUCUCACGGCUAGCGUGCGACGAAUACCUUGAGGACAUUAUGCAGCACAUGAGGCAUAUGGAGGAUGAGACUUUGCCCGACGCUAAUCUCAUUGACAUGCAGCGUGAGAUCCAGUGGUUCAUGAGACCCUACCUCAUUGAUUUCCUCAUCGAGGCACACGCGGCUUUCUCAUUACUACCAGAGACACUGUUUCUAACAGUAAACCUUCUUGAUAGAUACUGCUCUAAGCGAGUGGUCUACAAGCAGCACUACCAGCUCGUCGGCUGCGCAGCCCUGCUGAUCGCCGCCAAGUAUGGUGACAAGAAGGACCGGGUACCGCAAAUCAACGAGUUGAACAAUAUGUGCUGCGGCCUUUACGAUGCAGGCAUGUUCACGCAGAUGGAGAUGCACGUCCUCAACACUCUUGAGUGGAACAUCGGCCACCCAACCGUCGACUUCUUCACUCAACUCAUCGUCGCCGAGGAACGAGACGACCGAGAAGUCGAGCACAUGGCUGCCUACAUCUGCGAGAUCGCCCUGUACCACCGAGACUUCGUUUCGACCAAGCCAUCCACGAUGGCCCGCUCCUCGCUGGCCCUCGCCCGUGCCAUCUUGGCCAGACCCGAAGUUAAUGAUGGAGAGUGGGAUCACGUUGAGAACGUCACUCUGCUAACGCUUUCUCAAAAUCUGCACCAACCAUCCGUUACCCUGUCACGCAAGUACUCUUCGCCUCAGUUUUCCAGGGUAUCAGGCAAGCUUGCCGACUUCCUGGCACAACAAGCUGCCAUCACUCGACGACAAGCAGGCCCACCAUCUCCUCCCACUGAGCCUGCUCUCACCACCAAGCACGCCAACAUCUACAGCACACCCCAGAAGGGUCACGGUGCUGUACCAGGUGUUGCCGACGGCUACCUCACCCCUCCCAUUACCCCAGACGGGGCAUGCUUCGGCGUGAACGGUGCCGUCAAGGAUUACCAGGUACCACCACGGUGCCCCGUGACCCCCUCACCACAACCCCAUGUUGCUGGCUACCCGUCACAACAACAGCAUGUCGCACAAUACGCAACAUACUUUGAUGGUUCGACCAGCCACAUGGUCGGUCAGUAA